AUGCCGCCGACAAUUCAUCUAAUUCGCCAUGCUGAGGGCGCUCACAACCUCAGCUUCGAUAACCACGGCCUGCAUGACCCUGGCCUCACAGACCGCGGCCGGGAGCAAGCCGAAGAGCUUGCUGUCCGGAUCACUCGGCUGCAAGCCGACGGCGGCGUCGACAUUGGUCUCGUACUCGCCUCGUCGCUGCGCCGGACGCUCAUGACUGCGCUCGCCGCGUUUGCGCCGCAGCUCGCCCGGAAGCAGCCCGCUGUGGUGAACGCGUGGCCCGACGUCCAGGAGGUGAGCGACCUGCCGUGCGAUUCGGGAAGCGCGCUCCCCUUGGUCCAAGAAGAGUUUGGCAGCGAACUCGUCAACUAUGACAUGGUAGAGAAUGGCUGGGAGCUCAAGCAAGGAAAGUAUGCCAACACGGCCCCCGCAGUCACUGCGAGAGCGCAGGCCGCGCGCGAGUGGUUGAAGCAGCAACCGUGCGAGCAUAUUGCUGUGCUAUCACACGGCUGUUUUUUGCAUUUCUUGACAGAAGACUGGGAAGGAUCUGAUUCACCGCAAGGUACGAGCUGGGGCAAGACGGAGCUGAGGUCAUUUGCAUUCUCCUCAAACGAUGAGGACGAAGCCGCACUAGUCGAGACAUCAGAAAGCAGAGAGCGCCGCGGGUUUGCUACUCCGCCACCAAGCGCAGAAGAGCAGAAGCGUCUGCGCGAGGCUACACUCGAGACAUGGACAGAAUGGGGAAUUCUCCAGAGAAAUCAAGCAUGA